AUGCAGAUGAGCCACUUCAAAGAAGGUGUCACAAAAAGAUCAAAGUCAGAUAGUUCACCAAAAGUUGAUGGAUAUAAUAAGAAAAAUGCACAGAGAGUUAAGCAGUAUAUUGGAGAAUAUUCAGAGGCUCCUGAACAAUACAAAUUUAUGAUCUACAUUAAAACUGGAUACAGAAUUGGGUUCACGGAUUCUUUUUCAAUUUUAAAAUCUCUAUUUAUGUGGCAUAAUGAGACUAUCAACAUCUGGAGCCAUCUCAUUGGAUUCAUCUGGUACAUCUGACUUUUGGUAUUUUUCGAAUUAUAUAUCACUCCUGAGGGGAUAAAUUGCAGUAGGGAAAGUUUGGCAUCUUCCUUGUUGCAGAGUAUCACAAUCAGUGAUUAUUCUAUUCAAAAUUUAGAUACUUCUAGAAUCCCAAUUUAUAUCCAUUUCUUUGGAGGGAUGGUAUGAAUGUUCUCGAGCUCAACAUAUCACUUAUUCGCUUGUAAGUGAGUGAAGACCUACAAUACACUCGCAAAGUGAGACAUUGGAAGUAUAAUUUUCUUCUGUGGCUGUCUCUUUUAUCCAAUAUGCUACUAUAUCUUCUACUGUGAUGCAACAACUCACUUCAUGUACGUCUACAUAAUUAUUGGAAAUCUGUCGUGAUUCCUAUUAAUAUUUUACUUGUUUCAGCCUGUGUUUAUAACACCUCAGUUUAGGGUGUAUCGAACCUUGUUGUUAAUGGGAAUCUCUCUGAUCGGGUUUUUACCAAUCAUCCAAUAUUACCUGUUCAAUGACCACAAGAACUUUCCAGUUGUGAAUAUGAAUUUGAUACUUGGAGGUGACAUCUUGUAUGUCUUUGGUGCUGUUAUUUAUAUGAUCAAAAUCCCUGAGAAAUAUUUCCCUAUCAGGUUCGAUUACUGUGGCUGGUCUCAUAAUAUAUGGCACUUAUGAGUCCUUGUGGCAGGAAUGAUGCAUUCUUUAGCAUCUAUAGCUUUGUACUAUGAGAGAAUUAUGAAGAAGUGAGAUUGUUAA